CUUGCCUCGGGAGGACAUACAGUUCUCCCUGCCGAAGGGGUCUGCCAUCACGCAUGGCACAAUGGACCCCCGGGAAUUUCUUGGCGGGGCUACACCCGCUCUAGACAGGCGGGCCCUCGGGAAGCUGGAUGACGAAGCUCUCGAGUCCAAAAUCCUCCGGUCCUCUCUUACCGCUUGCAUAGCCCUCGGCGAACACGCCAGGAGAUUCGACGAAUGGCGCCUCCAGAGGGCGCAACAGGAAGAGUCCCUCAAGAAGCUCAUCCACGAUAACGCUGAGGCCAUGAGGCAGAUGGCUCAACUGGAGAGGGACCUCCAGCAGGCGAGGGCGGAAGCAGAGAGAGCCUCCCGGGAGAGGGUGGAGAUGGAGAAGGCGGCUGCCGAGGCUGCGAAGAAG